GCGAGCUCCGGGCGUGCGGGCGAGGAAGCGGGGCGGGGGGCCGGGCCGGGGGCCGGGACGGCGGCUGGGGCGCUGGGGUCGCCAGCGCUCGCCCACCUCCCUCCCAGUGGGAGAAGAGGAGGAGGGGAAGUGACUGCGGAGUUGAUGAACUUUGCACAUCCAGAAACGCCAUUUUGAUUCCUUUUCCGGAACAAGUUUGCAUCUCUCCUCGUCCUCUCCCCGCAGCCCUCCGGUCCUCACCGCAUCAUGCCUGGGAGCCAAGCGCCCCGCCGGGCCGUAAGUUACUGCGACUCUGUAUUCCGGAAGCAGUGCCUUUGAGGUGUGACUCCGCCUACAUUUGGGCCCAGCCAAUGUCCAGUCCUCAGUGAGGAGGGCAGUGUGAUAAGGAAAACAGUGACGAGUGAUACUAGAAGAAGAAGAAAAAAAACCACAGAGUCGUUGCUGCUACCCAUGGAUGAUAGCUGUAGCCAGGGGAAAUUUUGAAGUCUGUCACUUGGGGCAGAAAAUGGAGUUCUGUGGCAGAGGCUUCUUAGAAGUGUAAACCCCUGUCCCAAUGACGUCAAGUUCGCCCGUUGGCUUGGAAGGCUCAGACCUGUCUUCCAUCAACACCAUGAUGUCAGCAGUAAUGAAUUUAGGGAACGUGGCAGAGAAUGGUGGGAGCCCCCAGGGGAUCAAGUCCCCUUCAAAGCCUCCAGGACCAAAUCGGAUUGGCAGAAGGAACCAGGAAAUGAAAGAAGAGAAGUCUUCCUACAACUGCCCGCUGUGUGAGAAGAUUUGCACUACCCAACACCAGUUGACUAUGCACAUCCGUCAGCAUAACACGGACACUGGAGGAGCCGAUCACUCAUGCAGCAUCUGUGGGAAGUCACUGAGCUCAGCCAGCUCCCUGGACCGCCACAUGCUGGUGCACUCUGGUGAGAGGCCUUACAAGUGCACUGUGUGUGGCCAGUCCUUCACCACCAAUGGGAACAUGCACAGACAUAUGAAGAUUCAUGAGAAGGACCCCAACGGUGCUACAGCCGUGGCCCCUCCAUCUCCUCUGAAGCGCAGGCGGCUGUCCUCUAAGAGGAAACUGAGUCACGAUGCCGAGUCAGAGAGAGAAGACUCAGCACCUGCUAAAAAGAUGGUGGAAGAUGGACAGGCAGGUGACUUGGAGAAGGCAGAUGAUGAAGUCUUUCACUGCCCAGUGUGUUUCAAAGAGUUUGUUUGCAAGUAUGGACUGGAGACCCACAUGGAGACCCAUUCAGAUAACCCACUAAGAUGUGACAUUUGCUGUGUCACCUUUCGAACACAUCGAGGACUGCUGCGCCACAAUGCACUUGUCCACAAACAGCUUCCCCGGGACUCCACGGGGAGACCUUUCAUCCAGAACAACCCUUCAAUCCCCGCUGGCUUCCACGACCUGGGGUUCACGGACUUCUCCUGUAGGAAGUUUCCUCGCAUUUCACAGGCCUGGUGUGAAACAAACCUGCGAAGGUGCAUCAGCGAGCAGCACCGUUUCGUCUGUGACACCUGUGACAAGGCAUUCCCCAUGCUGUCUUCGCUGGCCCUGCACAAGCAGACCCACGUUGCCGUGGACCAGGGCCAGGAAAAGCUGCAGGCCGACGUCCUGGCCGGUGGUGCCUUGGACCAGAAGGUCUUCCUGGCCUUGCUGGGCCUGCAGCACACCAAAGACGUCAGGCCCCCACCCGCCGAGGAGCCCCUGCCAGAUGACAACGAAGCAAUACAGCUCCAGACACUCAAGUGUCCACUACCUCAGGACCCUGGCUGCGCCAACGUGCUGAGUCUGUCUCCUUUUGAAGCGGCCUCCCUGGGUGGCUCUCUCACAGUGCUCCCAGCCACCAAGGAGGGCAUGAAGCAUCUGUCCCUGCAGCCCUUCCAAAAGGGCUUCAUCAUCCAGCCUGACAGCAGCAUUGUGGUCAAGCCCAUCUCCGGGGAGUCAGCCAUCGAGCUGGCCGACAUCCAGCAGAUCCUGAAGAUGGCAGCCUCCGCCCCCCCACAGAUCAGUCUUCCCCCGCUCUCCAAGGCCCCUGCCACCCCCCUGCAGGCGAUUUUCAAGCACAUGCCCCCUCUGAAGCCAAAGCCCCUGGUCACGCCCCGCACAGUGGUGGCCACCUCCACCCCGCCUCCUCUCAUCAAUGCGCAGCAGGCAUCCCCGGGCUGCAUCAGCCCCAGCCUGCCCCCGCCGCCGCUGAAGCUCCUGAAGGGCUCGGUGGAGGCGGCCGCCACCGCCCACCUGCUGCAGUCCAGGUCCGGGGCACAGCCAAACUCGGCCCCACAGCUCUUCCUGCAGCAGCCACGCGAGCUGGCGGGCCAGCCCGAGAUGAAGACGCAGCUGGAACAGGACAGCAUCAUCGAAGCCCUGCUGCCGCUGAGCAUGGAGGCCAAGAUUAAGCAGGAGAUCACAGAGGGUGACCUCAAGGCCAUCAUGACAGGACCCGGCAGCAAGAAGGCCCCCGCCGUGCGCAAGGUGCUCUACCCGUGCCGCUUCUGCAACCAGGUGUUCGCCUUCUCGGGGGUCCUGCGUGCGCAUGUGCGCUCGCACCUGGGCAUCUCCCCCUACCAGUGCAACAUCUGUGACUACAUCGCGGCGGACAAGGCCGCGCUUAUCCGCCACCUGCGCACGCACAGCGGUGAGCGGCCCUACAUCUGCAAGAUCUGCCACUACCCCUUCACCGUCAAAGCCAACUGUGAGCGGCACCUGCGCAAGAAGCACCUCAAGGCCACGCGCAAGGACAUCGAGAAGAACAUCGAGUACGUGAGCAGCAGCGCGGCCGAGCUGGUGGACGCCUUCUGCGCGCCGGACACUGUGUGCCGGCUGUGCGGCGAGGACCUGAAGCACUACCGCGCCCUGCGCAUCCACAUGCGCACGCACUGCGGCCGUGGCUUGGGCGGCUGCCACAAGACACGCAAGCCCUUCGAGUGCAAGGAGUGCAGUGCCACCUUCACCGCCAAGCGCAACUGCAUCCACCACAUCCUCAAGCAGCACCUGCACGUGCCUGAGCAGGACAUCGAGAGCUACGUGCUGGCCACUGGUGGCCCAGGCAACACCGAGCCCAGCACUGAGGCCGCGGGGAGGGCAGAGGAGGGCAGCGGUGUGGCCUUCGGUGACUGCAAGCCCCUCGCUGCCUUCCUGGAGCCCCACAACGGCUUUCUUCACGGGGCCUCCGCCCAGCCACCCCCUCCCCACGUGGCGGUCAAGCUGGAGCCGGCCAGCAGCUUUGCUGUGGACUUCAGCGAGCCCCUAGACUUCUCGCAGAAGGGGCUGGCACUGGUGCACGUGAAGCAGGAGAAUGUGCCCUUCCUGAGCCCUUCCGCCUUGGCCCCCUACGACUGCUCCAUGGAGCCCAUCGACCUGUCCGUCCCCAAGAACCGCAGGAAAGGAGACAGGGAUGCAGCUGCGCCCGGGGAAGCCGAGAAGCUGCAGCAGGAAGAGGGCAGCGCUGAGCAGCCUGCGUCCUGCCCAGCGCCCUGCCCUGCCCUGCCGCCCACUGUGGGGGCCAGCGGGAGCCUAGAAAGCCCCACUGCUGCUGUGGCGGCGGCCACCACAGCCGCCCCCCUGGACUCCCACGCCCAGCCUCUCCAGGGCUCCGUGCAGCUGGCCGUACCCAUCUACUCCUCAGCUCUCGUCAGCAGCUCUCCCAUCCUGGGCAGCUCUGCCCUUAUAAGCAGCUCUGCCCUCCUGAGCAGCCCAGCCUUGCUGCGGCCACUGCGACCCAAGCCCCCCCUUCUCUUGCCAAAGCCUCCCGUGACUGAAGAGCUGCCCCCACUGGCCUCCAUCGCCCAGAUCAUCUCAUCCGUGUCCUCCGCCCCCACCCUGCUGAAAACCACCAAGGCGGCCAACCCCGGGCCCACAAGCAGCAGCAGCAGCAGCGUGGCAGACACGGACAGCUUAGGAGGUGCCAUCCCCAGAGCUGCUGCUACACCCACCGAUGCCACCAGCCCAAAGGAGGCCAGCGACCUGCCGCCUGUGGCCAGCAGCCCAGAGGCGGCCUCCCCCACUGAGCAGGGCCUGGCCAGCUCCUCCAAGAAGAGGGGUCGCAAGAAGGGGAUGCGGAACCGGCCCUGCGUCCACAGCGGCGGGGUGGACCUGGACUCCAGUGGGGAGUUUGCCAGCAUCGAGAAGAUGCUGGCCACCACGGACACCAACAAGUUCAGCCCAUUUCUGCAGACUGCAGAGGAUGACGCUCAGGAGGAGGGACCCGGGGGCCCUGCCGACCACCACGGGCCCAGUGAUGAGGAGCAGGGCGGGCCGCCCGAAGACAAGCUGCUGAGGGCAAAGCGGAACUCCUACGCCAACUGCUUGCAGAAGAUCACCUGUCCCCACUGUCCCCGGGUCUUCCCUUGGGCCAGCUCCCUGCAGAGGCACAUGCUCACACACACUGGUCAGAAACCUUUCCCUUGUCAAAAAUGCGAUGCCUUCUUUUCUACCAAAUCUAACUGUGAACGCCACCAGUUGCGCAAACACGGAGUUACCACCUGCUCCCUGAGAAGAAACGGGCUUAUCCCCCCCACAGAGAGUGAUGUUGGAUCCCAUGAUAGCACAGACAGCCAGUCGGACACGGAGACGCUGGCCGGGGCUGCGGAGGUGCUGGACCUCACGGCACGGGACCGAGAGCAGCCGCCGGCAGAGGGCGCUGCGGAGCCGGGCCAGGCCCCGGAGGAGCCCCGCGCGGAGGCGGCUGAGGCGGAGGCCGAGGCCCCGGCGGCCUCCCCUGCGCCCCGGGAGGAGGUGGAGGAGGCGCCCGAGGAGAAGCAGGAGCCGGAGGAGGAGCCCGCGGUGGAGAGCGCCGGGGACGCAGACGGCGGGGAGGAAGAUGCGGCCAGCAACAAGAGCCUGGACCUGGACUUCGCCAGCAAGCUGAUGGACUUCAAGCUGGCCGAGGGCGAGGCGGGCGCCGGGGGCAGCCAGGGCGCGGCCCCGCAGGACCAGAAGCACACCUGCGACGCCUGCGGGAAGAGCUUCAAGUUCCUGGGCACCCUGAGCCGCCACCGCAAGGCGCAUGGCCGCCGGGAGCCCAGGGACGAGGACGAGGCGCUGCAGCUGCAAGGCGAGGGCCCGCCGCCGGCCCCUGAGUGCGCGGAGAAGCCUGCGGAGGCCCCCGCCGGGGACCGCGCCCCGGGUGCCAGGGAGGCCUCGGUGGAGAGGCAGCUGGAGGAGACCGAGGGCCCCUCGGACGGGGAGGGCGCCGCGGAGAGGAGGUGCUCGGAGAAGAGUGACGACGACAAGAAGCCAAAGACCGACGCCCCCAGAAGCACGGCCAGCAAGGCCGACAAGAGGAAGAAGGUCUGCAGCGUGUGCAGCAAGCGCUUCUGGUCCCUGCAGGACCUCACCCGGCACAUGCGGUCCCACACAGGGGAAAGGCCGUACAAGUGCCAGACCUGCGAGCGGACCUUCACCUUGAAGCACAGCCUGGUUCGGCACCAGCGCAUCCACCAGAAAGCCAGGCACGGGAAGCACCGUGGGAAGGACAGCGACAGGGACGAGCGGGCGGAGGAGGACAGCGAGGGCGAGUCGGCCCACAGCGGCAACAACGCGGCGUCGGAGACCGAGGCCGAGGCGGCUCCCAGCGCCGGCAGCCUCGCGGCCGUCACCCGGGGCCGGAAGGAGGGCUCGGCUGGCGCCGGGAAGGACUGCGGCCGCCGGGAGGAGAAGGCCACGGCCGGGCGUGCGGCAGAGCCGGGCCCGGAGAGCCCCGAGGCCCUCGUGCAGGACCUGCUGGAGCUGUGCGGCAAGCGGCCGGCCCACCCGCUUCUGGCCAGCGAUGGCGCCUCGCAGCUCCUGGGGAUGGAGUGACGGCGCUCCGCCCCUCGCUCAGCACACAGCCGGCGGAGCCCCCUCUGCGCCCCUGGCGCGUCCUCGGUGUCCUUCGCUGCGAGGGAGCAGGGGGGCAGGAGAGACAGCGGCGAGCGGCCGCGGCUGUGCCCGGGCCUUCCGCGCGCGGGCGAGGCCAGCCCGGCCGGUGCCAGUGCCUUACCUACUUGCGGAUCCUCGGCACCGUCUCCGUGGGCGCUUUCUCCCGGAGCAACUCCUUAGCAAGGCAGAGGCCUUAAUGAAUUGUGUGGGGCGGACCUCUGCGCCUAAGCAUUAACGUCACCUUCUGUGUGGGUGUGUGUGCGCUUGUUUUUGUGAAUCUGUGAUCGUACUGUUUGUUCUGUGAGCUGAAAACAGAAGAAAAAAAACAUGCCGUUGGAUCCCGAUAGCCAAUAACUGGAAGAAAACGAUGUGAAUUUCAUGUCCCGAGCAGAGCGGAAGUGGAUGCCAUGCCGAUUUCCCGGGCGCACCUUUGCUCUUCUCCAUGCGCUGCAUAGAGGAGCUGUGGUCGGGUCCUUGUUAUCACAGGACCUGGUCGAUGAAGGUCGCGAUGUUCCUCAAGCCAAAACCAGGAAAGAUUUGUAGCGUCAACCUCAUACGUGUUUCCAAUCUUCCCACGCUAGAGAUGGUCACUGUCCAGGUUUCCAGACGUUCCCAGUUUCUAGCAGAGGCCCCUCCCCGGCGGCUUAACCUAUGGAAGACGUGCCUGGACGUUAGCUAGUCGAUCCCCUCCCCAUUCGGUUUAUGUUAUUAUUAAUAUUAUUAUUAUUAUUAUUAUUUUUAGUUCUCCAGUUUGCUGGGCUCUGCAGUCAGCAGAAACAUGUGGGCAAUAUUUGUCCCGGGAGACCUGUGCCGCCCCGCCCUGUCCCGAGUGCCGUGUGCCUGAGCUCCCCCAGCGCGCUGCAGUGACAGCUCUUCUACUGUACCCAGACAAGCCCUGCUCCCGGCCCGCAGCACCCAGGGGGCCCUGCCGGGAGCGCUGCCUGGACGGCUUCGGAGAGGCGAGGCGGCCACGCGCCUUCCCGCUACACGGCGCCGGCCUUCCUGCAACGCCUAGCGCAGGCCUCGCCCCAGCUAUGCUACUGUCAUUUGAAAAGCAAGGAAAUACUACUACUGGUAAUAGAACGAGCAGGCAGGGUGGACGUGAGAGAUGUGUGGUCCCUUCCCUGGCGUGGGCUGGCGUUAGACACAGGCGCCCGCUCACCGCCUGGCCUGAACCCCCGGUGCAGAAAGGCGGGAUUUUGCGUCCCACACGAGGAACAGAGUCCCCUCCCUAGCCACCAGGGACACAAGUCACACUGUAGCCGACCUCGUGCUCGGCGCUCUGUGCUCCAGCCAGCCCGAGGGGGCCUGCCCGUGGGCCUUGAGCCUCCCGGGACGCCCGUACCCGGACCUCCUCUUCCCUGCCCUUUCUGCUCCUGGCCUUGGAGCGAGCCGCCCCACCCCGCCCCAGCGUCCGGCGGUUAAAGCGCAGCCGCCCUGACUUCGCGGGAGGGUAUUCUUGAGGUCGUGAGAAGUGGUAUCUUUGCAGAUGAAAGGAAAAAGGCUGAGGUGUGUAUGAGGUUUAACUGUAUUCGGGAUGUGUGAACCAGCUUAAAAGUGCGGUUUUAUUUACUGUAGAGGUGAGUGCGCAUCAGAACCAAUGAUCCCUUGGUGUCUUCUAAGUUAAAACCAGUUCAUGCAUCCCUUAGUUGUUUUUUUUAUUAUUAUUACAAUUGUUGUUAUUUUCGUUGUUAUUAUUAUUUGGGGUUUCUUGUGUUUUGUUUCUCUUCGCAACUCUCCACACUAAACUCGCAAUAUUGUGGGGAGAAGCCAGGGCUAAACCCAACGCUGCGGUGAGAUGUAGCAGGGGGCGGCUCCCGCUGCCAGUGCGGCGGGGGCUGCCGCUCGCAAUAAUCACUAUUGAUUUAAAGCUUUAUUUAGCCUGGAUCUGUACCCUUGUAGUCGGUAAGGUCUUACCACAUCUUAUUAGUGAGGUUGACAGAUGUUCGUCGUUCCACCCCUCCCCAGUAUCAAACUGUGAAAUUUGUGAUUUGUUUAAACGCUGGGUGAAUCAUAGCUUAGUUUGCAUGUCCAGCUAAUUUGUUUCUAUACAUUUUGUUUGAUUCUCUUUCUCCUUCUCUCAGGGCUUUUACAAAUAUAUAUAUAAAUAUAUAUAUAUGGAUCUUCUGAAAAGUUUUUUGAGGUGCAAGUUGUUUUCUCUUUUGUUUUUCCUCUUUGAUUAAUGGACACAAUGCUGAGAUUCAAUCACUACAUGACACACCUGGCUGUGAGAACAGAACAAAACGCCCGGGAGCUCCGAGACAGUCGAAGCGCUGCAGGCAGAUUCACCCCACGUCGUCUCUCUCCUCUCUCUUUCAAGAAGGAAGUUGAUCCUAGUGAUUUCAGCCCAUGCAUUAAACAGGAAGCAAUAAUAAAUAUGUAGAAUUCAUAUUUUUCUAAAGGGAACUUAAGAACUGCUGCUACAUGUUAUGUACAAAAUUGGUUUAUGCCACAUGAACAGAGAAUCACAAGUUUGGUUUUGGUACUUUUUGUUCCUCUUUGUACUCAGUUGUAUAGAACUUCCAAAUCCAGAAUGAAAAGAAAGCUGUUCUGUAUUGAACCAUCUAAGCAAUAAAUGUUAUAUUUUAAAAAACGGCA